UACAGAUGAAUGACAUUAUAGGAACUGUUAGAGAUUCAAAUUUGAAGCUGACUCUUGCUUUUGGAAUAGGCAUGCACCAUGCCGGUCUGCAUGAGAGAGACAGGAAAACUGUGGAAGAAUUGUUUGUGAACUGUAAAAUCCAGGUUCUUAUUGCCACAAGCACAUUAGCUUGGGGUGUAAAUUUUCCAGCUCAUUUAGUAAUUGUUAAAGGAACAGAAUACUAUGAUGGAAAAACAAGGCGUUAUGUGGAUUAUCCCAUUACAGAUGUACUUCAGAUGAUGGGACGUGCAGGCAGACCACAAUUUGAUGACCAAGGCAAAGCUGUAAUUCUAGUUCAUGAUAUCAAGAAAGACUUCUACAAAAAAUUUCUGUAUGAACCUUUCCCAGUGGAAUCCAGCUUGUUAGAUGUGCUGGCUGACCACUUGAAUGCUGAAAUUGCUGCUGGAACUAUUACUUCUAAGCAGGAUGCAAUGGAUUAUAUCACUUGGACUUAUUUCUUCCGACGACUUAUAAUGAACCCAACUUACUAUAACUUGGACAAUGUGAGCCAUGACACUAUGAACAAAUACCUCUCAAGCCUUGUUGAGAAAUCCCUCUUUGAUUUGGAAUGUUCCUACUGUAUUGAAAUUGGGGAGGAUAACCGCAGUAUUGAACCUCUGACGUAUGGCCGCAUUGCUUCCUAUUACUAUUUGAAGCACCCAACUAUUGGGAUGUUCAAAGAUCAGUUGAAACCUGAAAGCACUGUUGAAGAAUUGCUCUUAAUUCUCACCGUAAGUGAUGAUAUUUUCUUAAUUUAUGUGUAUCUAACUGAUGAUUCUUAAACACAUUUAGAAGUG